GUCAUGAUGCGUUGUGUCAGAGAACUGCUGCUGCGCUGUGUUUUGUUGCCCGUCUGUGUGAAUGCAGCCUCUCUCUUUAAGUCCCUCCUCAUCCAGUUACGCUCUUUCUUCAAUUAGCAGCCUCCCACUCUCAAUUAAGAGUAGCUCCCGUCUUCUCUCAAUUUGGGGCCCCUCUCUGGGCGGUACCGUCCUGAACACGGUACCUUCAAAGCGCCAUCAGCAGUUUGACCACUUUGAUGUUAUUAUUUGUUUUCCUCAACCUCUGGUUUAGCAAAUGGCUGUUUGUUGUAUGUACUUGCGUGCGUGUGAGGCUAUAAUAAGACUGACCCCGGGUUAGCUCUCAGAGUGGACUGUUUAAGCCAGCCCAGCCCAGGAAUGACUAGCUGUCCAUCUGAUAAGAGUGAUUCCUUCUCCUGCCCUUAUUGGAAUCAGUUUUUGAAAGAAAAUAUCAGGCAUCACUGACUGUAUUAGGACAAAUUGCGGCCAAUUUUUCGACUUCAAAGCACCAUCCAAGAAUCGCGCUGUUUGUCGUUUGUUAGACUUUGCGUGGCUGCGUGUCUCAAUGUUUGUUCAGUGAAAGUUCUAUGUGAGAAACACCCUGAUCCUCUGUUGGCUAUGCUGUGGACCUGACACAGGACCUCUGUUCUGUCUUGAGCAUCCACUACAGAGGGACCUCAGGUGACGUUCAUGAAUUUUAAAGUUAUCCUCAAGUGAGAAGAGGGUGUUGGAGUUGAAGUCUCUUAUUCCUAAUGAUGUCUUCCAUGCGAGCAACGCCUCCCUUCAACUCAGCGUCUGAGGAGGAGGAAGCGAUCGGUCAGGACAGUGUGGCCUGGGCCAACGACAAGCGAGAGGGCCUGAAGGAGACACCAUCUCCCUCUUCACACGACCAACAUCACCCGGAACCCCACCCGGACGAGCUGCAGCCUAUCAGAGAGAAGCUGACGGAUGCUGAGUGGGAGAGCAUGGUGCCUGCUGCGAUGGACAAUGAAAGCAGUAAGGGCUGCUCGGUCUACUCCUACCGGACUAACUCUACCUCUCCACCCAAGCCAGAGGAGUUUUCCAGGGAUCGCGGAGAGCCAAUGAUCGGCCUCGCCUUCGGGACGCCGGAGCGCCGCAAAGGAAGCCUGGCCGACGUGGUGGACACACUGAAACAGAAGAAACUUGUGGAGCUGACCAAGACAGAACAAGACGAACCAACUUGCAUGGAGAGGCUCCUCUCCAAGGACUGGAAGGAGCGCGUUGACCGGCUGAAUGCCAACGAACUACUGGGGGAGGUCAAAGGUACGCCAGAGUCACUGGAGGAUAAAGAGCGCCAACUUUCCACCAUGAUUGGCCAGCUGAUCAAUCUGAGGGAGCAGCUCCUCUCCGCCCAUGACGAGCAGAAAAAGAUGGCCGCCUCACAGCUGGAGAAGCAGAGACAACAGAUGGAGCUGGCCAGGCAGCAGCAGGAGCAGAUCGCCAGACAACAGCAGCAGCUCCUCCAGCAGCAGCACAAGAUAAACAUUCUCCAGCAACAGAUCCAGGUUCAGGGUCACAUGCCUCCUCUGAUGAUCCCAGUGUUUCCUCACGACCAGCGGUCUCUGGCUGCCGCCGCUGCUGCACAGCAAGGCUUCCUCUUCCCACCAGGCAUGUCCUACAAGCCAGGUGAGAACUACCCCAUGCAGUUCAUUCCAUCGACAAUGGCAGCUGCAGCAGCAUCUGGACUUAGCCCAUUACAACUACAGCAGCUCUAUGCCGCCCAGCUGGCAAGCAUGCAGAUCUCGCCAGGAGCCAAGAUGACUCCCCUCCCGCAGGCUCCCAACUCCUCCAGUCCCCUUUCCCCCUCUGCCCUGAAGAGCGAGAAGCGAGCAUCCAGUCCUGUCGCUCAGGUUAAGGAAGAAGGAUCCACACAGCCACUGAACCUCUCAGCCAGACCCAAGACAGCCGAGCCUCUUCGCUCACCGACGUCCCCGACACAGAGUCUGUUCUCUGGAAACAAGUCCAGCCCUACAGGCAUGGGCAAGGGCCGAAUCCCAAGCCCCAUCUCCAACAUGGGCAGGAACACCUCUCUGGACAUCCUGUCCAGCCUCAACUCCACAGCGCUGUUUGGGGACCAGGACGCGGUGAUGAAGGCCAUCCAGGAGGCGAGGAGCAUGAGGGAGCAGAUCCAGAGGGAGCAGCUCCACCACCAGCAGCAGCAGCAGCAGCCGGGACACCACAGUCUGGAGGCCAAGCUGUCAGCUCUGAGCAGCAUGAGCCUCAACAACGGCAACAAGGAGCGGCUGCACUACGAGACACUGAGCCAGCACCUGGGGAAGCUCGGGGAGGAUGCUGGGAAGAUGGUCCAUCGAGUCAUUGAUCUGACGAGACCAGAAGAUCUGGAUGGGAGCAGCAUCACAGAGGCACGAGUGUUCAGGGAGACGCGGGGCAGGAACAACAGCGAGCCCCACAUCAAGAGGCCCAUGAACGCCUUCAUGGUGUGGGCCAAGGACGAGAGGAGGAAGAUCCUGCAGACUUUCCCCGACAUGCACAACUCCAACAUCAGCAAGAUCCUUGGCUCCCGCUGGAAAGCCAUGACCAACCAGGAGAAGCAGCCGUACUAUGAGGAGCAGGCCCGCUUGAGUAAGAUCCAUCUGGAGAAAUAUCCCAACUACAAGUACAAGCCGCGACCCAAGAGAACCUGCAUCAUCGACGGCAAGAAGCUGCGCAUCGGAGAGUACAAGCAGAUGAUGCGGUCACGACGCCAGGAGAUGAGGCAGUUCUUUGUGGGGCCUCAGCCACCAAUCCCUCUUGGUAACACCCCACCCGGUGUAGGAGUUUACCCAGGCGCCAUAACCAUGGCAACGACAGCCACGCCAUCCCCACACCUGACCUCAGACUGCUCCAGCAACUCCGCCAGCCCUGAACCUGCCAUCCCUGUCAUUCAGAGCACGUACGGAGUUAAGUCCGAGCCCGGCAGCAGAGGCAAUAGUGUCGGAGCCUUGGAUCUGCCAAGCGACCCCACCAAUGGAGACGACGACAUGGACAUGUACGAGGACUUUGAGGACGAGCCCAAGUCAGACUAUAGCAGUGACCAUGAGACACGGGAGGCCAUCAGUGCCAACUGAGUGUGAUCUCAGUUGUCUCAGUUGUAAAAAGAGAGAAAAAAAAAAAAUCUCCUGUUGUUCUCAGAGACGCUUUUUGAAAACACAAUUUAUUACAGAGACCUUCAGGCAAACUUUCAGGACAUGUUGUGUUACACACUGAGCAUGCCCAGACAGGAUUCUUACUGCUCCUAUCGUGAGAAAAGAAAGAAAAGACAGUGUUGAUGGACGCUCAUUUGAAGAAGACGGCUGGUGGGAAAAAAUGUGACCCAAGACAACAAACCGAGCAGACAUUCAGACACCCAACUGACAAUGAACUUCAGUUUCCAACACUUUGACAAUCUUAACAGGAGCGAAUAAGAGUUAACCAGAUGAGACAGAGAGAGAAUGAGAGAGAAUGGGACAAAGAACAAAUGAGCGACGAACACAUUUCAGUGUGGUUUGUAAAGAGCAUGCAUGGAUUUUGAAGCAUCAGGAAUUGGUCUUCAACAGCUAUUUGGUCUUAAAUGUUUAAGGAGUGAUUUAGUUUUCAUCAUUAUGUAUUUUACUUUUUGUGUUUGUUUGUUGUUUUUUUUUCCUUUUUGUUUUUUGUUCUAUAGACUUUUUUUCUGACAGGUCACUGCCUGUACAAACUCUGGACUGUCGGAACUUGAAAUCUGAAAAGUUUUAAUAUAAAUCCUAGCUAUUGUAAUCUUAUAGUCUUACUUUUGUUUCUUAUGAAUACAGUGCAUCUACAUCUUUUUUUUCUCUGACAAACUGCUUACAUUACAUUACUGUUUUCUUUUUUUUUCUUUUUUAAAUAUCCCAGCUCAGGUAUGAUGUGCCAGCUUGUGAAUGUGUUUUUUUUUUUUUGUUAGUUUGUUUUCAUACAAAAAGAGUGGUAGAGUUUUCAGACUGUCAAUGAAAUAAAGGGAGCAAAAUCCCUUAUAUAACAUUAUUAUUAUUAUUAUUAUUAUUAUUAUUAUUAUUAUUAUUAUUAUUAUUAUUAUUAUUAUUAUUAGUAAGUAAGCAAGUACCCAGGCAUUGUACAGAUUUACUUCAAAUGUGCCAAACCUACAUUCACAUUCACUUGGGAUGUUGUAGUCUUAACUUCCAAUGCUGCAAAAAAGUCUUAUACAAUCAGCUUUUUCUGUCUGAUGAGAUGAGUUCCUACUCGGUAACUGCUGGCUCCCCUACUGGCCCGAUCGCAGGCAGAGCUCAGGGAGGAUGUGUUUUCACCACACUCGCUCGCUCUCUCUCUCUCUCUCUCUCUCUCUCUCACACACACACACACACACACACACACACACACACACACACACACACACACACACACACACACACACAAUGUGUCGCCCUCUGACAGCCCCUCCAGCUUUGAGAUUGAAGCACUGUCGAAGGCAUCAGUUUUUUCAGUUCCACUGCAUUGGUGCUUUUUUGAACCACAUUGCCCAUAAUACCGUGAGGCCAGCGCAGCGCAGUGUGUAUCCAAUCAAACAUUUAUCAUUUGAGUCUGUCCCUUUCAAUUGGGCCAUAGGUAUAGAUAGAGUUCAAAGUUUAUGAGUCUUCAAAGUGCACCUAUAGCUCAGUUCAUUCAGCCUCACAUUAUCAGGGAUGAGCAGCCCCAAAAUUACCCUACUGUAGUAGAAGAGUUUCUAAUAUUCUGGAUCCCUUCACUGUAUUUUGAAUUGUGUUUUGAAUCGGUACAAAAGUGUACAAAAUGUUACUAUUUUUAUUCGCCUGUUAAUAUUUAUAAAUGUCUUCUCAGCAUCACAUGGGAGAGAUACACCAAACUUGUGUUUUAAAAAAGAAUUUAUAUAAGUGCAAAAAAAAAAUGGGUUUAAUAGGUCUGUUAUUUCAAAAAAGGGUACCUUUUUCUACGUUGCAUGUAUAUUUUGAAGACGAGUAAAUUAUUAAGAGAAGAAUGGAGGAAAAAAAAGGUGCACAAUUCUCAAUUCUCAGUCAACCACCCCAGUCAGAGCACACAAGUUUUUCCACAGUCUGAAGCGAGAUGUUAAUCCUUCGUCUUGGUGCGGUUCAGCGGUCAGCAUCGUGCUGGGUGUGCACACUUUUUCCUCUAUUUUAUUCAAAUGUCACAUUCUUUCUCUGAAGACACGUAAUAUUUUUUCUUUGUCUCUUUUCACCACACUCCUAAUUUUUCCAUUUUCAACACCUGUGACCUCGGGUGGUUUCUGGGUGCUCUGUUUAGCUGUUAGCUGUUUCACACGUCGUCUGACGCCAUAUUUCUUCCCAUGACCAUAUCUGGCAGUUUUUACUUGGGAAAGCUUCACAAGCUGGGAGUGAACAUUGGUUUUUGCUUGCAUCACAGGAAAAAAAAAAAAGCCUCAUGCAUAGACAUUUCUGUUAGUGUCACACACAUCCUAAGCACUGGAUAUAAAUUCUAUGUUUUUAUUUUUAGUAUUAACUAAUGUGAAGUUGUUGUUUGAUUAUCAACAUGAUAAAUUAGAACAGUCAAAAGUCACAUGCUUGGACUCUAUAGGAAGCCUCGUACAUGCCAGGCAAAGGUCAAUUGCCAUUUCUUUAGAAGCAUUUCAGUUAUUGAAGCACGUUUUGUUGCCGCAGCUCUAGUGCCGCCUGAAGGGGUCGAAUCCCCUCUGAUCUCUUUGAAAAGGUAACCUCAUGCUCUUAUCAGUUGUGACCUGCAGAAGCAGAACAUACGUUUCCUGGUCAGACAUAUUUUGUGAUGAGUAUUGUAUUUGAAAUUCAAUUGUGCGUUUUAACAUUUCAUUGUAUUUAUUAGCCAGCUUUGGCUCUAAAAAGUGUCAGUACAACUUGGUGAGAAAGACAAUCAAAAAAAUAAAUAAAUAAAUGAAACGUAGA